GAAACUUUAUUGACAAUUCUUCCUGUGCAGAGAGUUGAGGCAGGGUUGCCCUUCAGUGGUGCUAUCAAGAUAGCCGUCAGCAAGGAAACUGUUACUUCAACUCUUUCUUGGCGUACGAAUAACAGUACGUAAAAGGGAACGACCCCGCUGUGGACCAUGGCGGCAAGGAUUUUGCCAGUAGUGAAACUGGCCACCAAGGUGACCAUUGCAGGUGGAGCUCUCUACGUUGCCUGUGACUCUGGUCUGAUGGGAAGCAGUGAGCAGGGCUCAGAGGCCCUGGACAAGGCCAAGACUGCGAUACCCCCUGCCAUAGAGGAAUGGAUGAAGUAUUUUGGCCUGGAGACUCAGCUUCCAACCGUGCCCAAGAUUGAAUUCUCUCCUGUUGAGGCGUGGAACUCUGGAGUGCGGUGGACAAUUUCAUCUCUUUCGGAGGCUCCAACAAAAGCAAAUGAUUAUGCAAAUCAGUGUUUGCUGUAUCUAAAAGACCUCACCAAGUGAACAAGAGCUCUCUGGUCAACCUGAAUUUUGCACUCAAAAUGACACUGCUUCUUCAAAAGGUGUAACCCCUCACAAGAAAGAAGAAAUACCCUCCAUGAAAGGAAAAUGCAGGAUGUAAAGAAGUUUGGCUGAAAUUUGGCUGAGUGUAGUCUCCUGAAUGAUUAACUGUGGUUUUCUAAAUGAUAGUGGCAUUAGUUGGAAUUGUAUUGUACAUAAUGCUAGGAAGCAUCUUUCUUUUAAUUUUGCUCUGCAGUGUCUAAUGUACAAUAUGUUACUCCCCUUCUGUUCUCACACCAUCCAAAUGUUAUGAAGAGAGUGUUUGUUGUAUAUAUGCAGUCUCACCAAUUGUAACUAAAUAAUACAUCAUCCUUAAAAUACA